AUGGGUCGUUCAAAACAAUCACUGAAUAAUUCUGCAGUUAAGUCUCCGAAACCUGGAACGACUCCCGAAUUUAAGAUCAAGAGCCCUAUGAACGGCAAAACAACGCCAAUGAGACCUGGCUCCAAGCGACCAGUCCCGGUCGGUAGCGAGGAAAGUGAAUCAGAUGUCGAAACUGUCAUGUCAGAUGACCGCAUUGCCAGUUUGAAAGCAUCAAACAAGAAGCUGAAACUUGCCGAUGACAGGUCACUGGAUCCAGAAGAGGAUGACGUUGAAAGUGACGAGGAGGAAGAUGAUGAAGAUGUUGACGUUGAUGAGGACGACGAUGAAGAAGAUGACAGCGAUGACGAGGAUGAUGAUGAGGAGGACGAAGACGAUGACGAGGAGGAGGAUGAUGAUGAUGAGGAGGAGGGGGACGACGAUGAAGAUGACGAAGACAGUGAUGAAGACCAGGAAGAUGAUGACACAACCAGGAUUGUUGUGGGAGCCAAGAGUGCUGGUCCGAAGAGUGCUCCCCAAAAACUAGCUCCCCAGCAAAAGAAUGGGAAAUCGACUCCGAGCGUCCCUGCUGCCCCUCCGAAGAUGGAGGCUACAGAGACAAAGGCAGAGAGUGGCAUGUCAGGAUCUGUAAUAAUAGUGAACGGACCUGAUAACUUGGAUGGUUUGAGAGAGUUUCUCUCCAAGAUAACCCCGUUACCGACAUACACAAGAUGGAGCCUGCUCCUGUACUGGCUACGGUGGCAAACUUGA